AUGGGUUGGUCAUUUAGUUGGACAAUUUUAUGUCUCAAUUUACUAUCGUUUUUGAGUGGUGCAGUACAUUGCGAAAUAUCUGGGGGCCCAAUAUCAAAUAAUUAUGAGAACAAGGAGCUGAGUUCAGGAAACAAUGUCUCAACCAGAUCACAGUUGAUGAACACAUUAUUAACUGUAGCUGCAGCUAACGGUGUUCUUCCUCAGCUAUUGCCCAUUAUUCAACCAUCUUUAACCAGCGAGACGCCAAAAGAUGUUCCAAAAACGUUGAACCUAAUACAGCUCAACCAGAAUCAACCUUCUCAAGAACCUGUAGUCGUCACAGGAAAACCAAUUAUAUCACCAUCACCAUGUACUAAACCUCAGCAGAUAAUGGCUCCUGCUGUGCGAGUAGACAAUCCCUCUAUAUAUCCCAGUUCAGGUAUUGUUCAACCAAUACCUGCAACUUGGCAAGCCCAACCCGUAUAUAGAGUGCCUGAUACGUGGCAAUAUCAACCAGCUCGAAAAGAAGUUAUACCAGCAACGCUCUCGACACCGGUUACUUUGGAGAAUCCUUCGCUAGCAGAAAAUGAAAAUAUCGACGUUGACGGAGUCCCAGCGACAACAAGUCCGUGUAUUCAAAUAUCGAACGAUCCAAAUGAAAGCAGUGUACCUGUAAAUUUACAAAUCAACGUACCAGCUCAAAGCGUCUCCCCCCCACAAGUAACUGUAGUGACGGCGCCCGUCAGUCAGCGUUCAGUACAAGAACCUGUUAUGCCCCAAAGUCCCUUCCCACCAUUCUUCCAUCCGCCCAUUGUAGUAGAUAGAUCGGAUUCCUUAAGCAAUUUGUUGCCAAUUAUUUUAGUUGCUCUGUUUGCGAAUGACAGAGAUUGUUACGGUGGCUGCAACUGCAAUUGCUGCUGCCCGUGUAAUGGUGGAAGUAAAAACGUAGUUCCCAUACCGUAUCCCAUCCCCUUUCCUAUAAACAAUGCUAUUGUUAACAGUUCAGGGCGAUGUAGAUCCAAAUCUCAACGGCACCAAGAGAAGAGUAGCAAAGAAGACGAAGAUGAACAAGAUCAUUAG